GACCAGCAAGCCACAGUAUGCUACAUCUUCUAUGCGGAUUCAUACAACAAAAUUUCUUUCUUUGUUAGAUUGCCUAAAUUAUGUAUAAUGACGAACCAUUUUAUUGUUCAGUGAAACCAUAACUACUUCCUUCAUGAAUCUCACAGAAGAGCAUCAAGAGGCAGCCUGUGUCCAUUCCAACUUUUCCUGUUUGGGAACUCCACUAACAGCAGCUGAUGCGCUGCUCUAUGUGUCUGUAGCAGUAGUUGUGACACUGACAGUGUGUGGAAACCUGCUUGUGAUCAUCUCCAUCUGUCACUUCAAACAGCUGCAGACACCAACUAAUUUCCUAUUGCUCUCUCUGGCCAUGUCAGACUUUCUUGUUGGGGCAAUUGUGAUGCCGCUCUACUUUACUAUGCUGAUAGAUUCACAGAGGUGCUUUGAUAUAUUGUAUUGCACGAUUUUUAAUGUUGCAGCAUAUUACCUUACUUGUAUAUCAAUUUAUAAUGUCGCUUUAAUUGCAGUGGACCGAUAUCUGGCUCUCUCCAACCCUUUUCACUACUCCAUGAAAAUGACAGUGAAUGUAACUUUGAGGAUAAUAGCCAUACUGUGGUUGUAUUCAUUUAUCUACAUUAUGUUGCUUCUUUAUUUCAAUGAAAAUUUUACUGACAUGAAAGCAAACGUCACAUGUGGUGAGUGUAUUGUUAACGUUAAUACAGUAUGGGCUUUUGUUGACUUUAUAAGUGUAUUUGUUUUACCAUGCUCAAUUAUUAUAUUCAUAUACCUGAACAUUUUUGUAAUUGCUAAAAAGCAUGCAAAUAAAAUAAGGAGUGUCAGAAUGUGCCCAAAAGUGAAUAACAGUUCUAUGGCAUCUGAAAGGAAAGCAGCAAAAACCCUUGGAGUUCUAGUGGCAGUGUUCCUUCUGUGCUUACUACCCUACUAUGUAAGUGUUUUCUUUAAUGUCUAUAUCAGGAACAGAUCUGUGAACCUUGCAGUUUCAAUUUCAUGGACUCUAAUAUAUUUAAAUUCUUCCAUUAAUCCUAUUAUUUAUGCUCUGUUCUAUCCAUGGUUUCAGAGGUCUGUUAAACUCAUGAUAACACUUAAGAUAUGUGGCACAGACUCUUCAGUCUUGCAUGUGCUGGCACAGGAAACAUAAGGACUUAUUAUGUAGUGUGAAUGUGAUGUAAUAACGCCUUUUCAUUUUUUUCAUCCUUGUUUUUCAUUAAUGG